AUGGUAGAGCAUAGCGUACAAGGCGUUUUGGUUUUGGCGGUCAACUGGUUUCAGUCUCCGCAUUUAUCUCUUGCACCGCCUGAGGUGGUAGAAGGCCACAGUAGAUCUUGUCGCUUUCCCGUCUGUUUGGUUUCUUGGCGCGACCUCAACACAGAGGUCUCUCUCGGGCAUCACUGGGAUGGGAGGGAUAAAAAGCGAGUGACAUUGGGCGCGAAGGCAUCUUCUUUCUUCUCUUCUCAAGACUUGUUUACCUUUCGUAUUGCAGGCUUCAAUUUGGCGUUGGCGGAACUACAUGUCGAGUGGCUUUAG